AACGGUUUAAAUGGUAAGGUUUUUAAAUUGACGGGGGUCAUUUGGACUGUUUGCUUUGGGAGUACCUCGUCGACGCCCAUCUUCUCCAGACUCCAGCUCUUUCCAAAUCCGAACUUCUUUCCCGUUAUCUGGCCCUCCACCAUUAGCCAAGAUGUCCAAGACGGCCCCGUCAGAGGACGAAAAGUUCCUCUUUGUCGAUAAGGACCUCUUCAACAGCCCUAUGGCUCAGGCCGACUGGUCAGCCAAGAAGUUGGUGUGGAUCCCCUCAGAGAAGCAUGGCUUUGAGGCAGCGAGCAUCAAGGAGGAGCAUGGGGACGAGGUGCUGGUGGAGCUGGCUGAUAACGGCAAGAAAAUAACUGUUAACAAGGACGACAUCCAGAAGAUGAACCCUCCCAAGUUCAGCAAGGUGGAGGACAUGGCAGAGCUUACUUGCCUUAACGAAGCCUCUGUGUUGCACAAUCUACGUGAGAGGUACUUCUCUGGGCUCAUUUAUACAUACUCUGGCCUGUUCUGUGUGGUGGUGAACCCCUAUAAAAUGCUGCCCAUUUACUCUGAGAAGAUCAUUGACAUGUACAAAGGGAAGAAACGACAUGAAGUCCCCCCUCAUAUCUAUGCUAUAGCUGAUAAUGCCUACAGAAACAUGAUGCAAGAUCGUGAGGAUCAGUCCAUUCUCUGCACUGGAGAAUCUGGCGCUGGGAAAACGGAGAACACAAAGAAGGUCAUCCAGUAUCUGGCUGUUGUGGCCUCGUCUCACAAGGGCAAGAAGGACAGCAGUGCUGGCGAGCUGGAAAAGCAGCUCCUUCAGGCUAAUCCGAUCCUGGAGGCCUUUGGAAAUGCCAAGACCAUCAAAAAUGACAACUCCUCUCGAUUUGGAAAAUUCAUCCGCAUAAACUUUGAUGUGACGGGCUACAUCGUUGGAGCUAACAUUGAGACUUAUCUGCUGGAGAAGUCCCGAUGCAUCCGACAAGCAAAGACGGAGAGAGCUUUUCACAUCUUCUACUACAUGAUUGCUGGAGCUAAAGACAAACUGAGAGAGGACCUUCUGCUGGAACCCUUCAGUAACUAUCGCUUCCUGAGUGCGGGCCAUGUUCAGAUUGCUGGGCAGCAAGAUGAUGAGUUAUACGAGGAGACCAUGGAGGCAAUGGACAUCAUGGGUUUCACUGAGGAGGAAAGAACUGGUAUCACUAAAUUACUCACUUAUUUUGAGUCGCAUUUCUGUUAGUUUGAUUGCAAAAUCCUGCUAUUUUUACCUGUUACAUA